AUGUGGCCAGCUUGGCUUUUACCGUUGUCCAUCCUCAGCACUAGCACAUUGCCGAAUGGUGGUAAGUUGGAUUAUCAUCAUCAGCAGAACGACCGCAACCGCACGGAGCAGCUACGAAAUGUGGAAUUCAGCAUCGAAGAGGUCCUGCUGUUGAACCGCCAUUUUUUGGACUACCUAGCGGCGAUCGACGAUCAGCUUGCACAGGAGCUACCCGAUCCGCAAUGUACGAUUGCGAUGCGGCAGCUAUCCAAAGCCUAUCUGAAUCGUGAACGGCACGGAUUGGAAUGGUUUGACUCGUGGGGUAAGAUUCCGUCAGGAUUGUACCAUCAGAAUGGAUACGCGGUGGGAAAUGUCGACCAGUGCAGGGGAUUUUCCUGGGAACACAUCCGAGGACAACACUGCACAUUCUUUGGAGCGUUUCCGAGUGACAUGGAAGUACUCGUGUCCGGAUUGUGUGUGCCACAUUUCUGCGAUCCGGAUGCUGCCCAAGCGCUGUACAGUGAUUACUUGAACACUCAAGGUGUUAUGCUAGUACCGCUUAUAGAGCAGGAGAUGCUGUGCAUCCGAGAUGAAGAGUUCAAGUAUGAUGGAGCGAUGAUAACCGCCAUUGUAUUCAGCGCCAUAAUAGCGGGUUUGCUGCUGUGCAGUACCUUGUACGAAGUAGUACAGCUUGCACUAAAGCGUGACGUUAAGCCUUUAUACAGCUCGUUCUCCUUGCUGUCGAACAUCAGGAGCAUUCUUCAUAUAGUUCCAAGAUCCAAGAGCGCAGAUAAGAAAUCAAACAUGAUUGAGUGUGCUCAUGGCAUCCGGGCUCUGUCCAUGAUCUGGAUCAUAGUGCUUCACACUCACGAAACACUGAAUCUUGUUCAGUGGGAAAAUGCCCCGACACAAUUGGGAUACCUCAGAGGUUUCACGCCUUCGCUACUGUAUUUCAGCGGUACGCUGGCAGUCGAUACGUUCUUGGUGCUGAGUGGAAUGUUGGUGGCGCUGAGUAUGCUGCGGGAACUGGACAAAAACGGCAAAAUUAACCCGUUGAAGUUGUAUCUGCAUCGAUACAUUCGAAUUACGGGUCCGUUUGCAGCAUUGAUUCUGUUUGUGGUGUCCUUUGCCAGCUACAUGGGCGAAGGUGUACUGUGGAAGCCAAUGUUAGGCGAUUUAAAGCAAGCUUGUGAGAAGAAUUGGUGGGCAGCGCUUUUGUACAUUCAGAACUAUGUUGAUCCGGGAAAUAUGUGCUUAUCGUGGUCAUGGUACCUCUCCGUCGAUAUGCAGCUGUACAUUAUCGCACCGGCUCUUAUCUAUCCCUUGUGGCGAUAUGGAAAACGAGUUCUUAUCGUUAUCGCUGGUUUGGCUGUGCUUUCCAUGGGAUGCGUGCUAGCAUCGUUUCUUGUCAAUGAAUUACGAUUGAGCUUUUUCCUGCCAUACUUUGAUCCUCGCAAGUACAUACUAACGUACUAUCCGACGCACGCACGAAUGGCUGUUUGGCUCUGGGGACUUGCCUUCGGAUAUAUUCUUCACAAGACCAAGGACACCGGAGUGAACCUAUCGAAGCGGUACUGGACCGCUGGUUGGGCAGCUUGUUUCACCCUGCUAGGAUUGAUUGUUUACGGCAACUACGAAAUCUACACUACGGAUGCACAGGAGUUCUCGUACGUCGUGGAUGCCUUCUUCGAACCUCUGUCCCGGUCGGUAUUCGGCUUCUGUGUGAUGUGGAUCAUAUUGGCAUGUGUGAACGAGAAAGGUGGCCUGAUUGACGACUUCCUCGGUGCUCCCAUGUGGCAACCGCUAUCCAAGUUGUCCUUCACAAUGUAUCUAUUACACAUACUGCUGCUACUGAUGGCUUCGGUAGCACCUUCCAAAACGAGUACAUAUUUCAGUGUGAUCGAUAUGUUCUACCGGAUAUGGGGAACCAUCGGUCUGACUAUCAGUGUGGCGUUGCUGUGGAGUGCUAUUUUCGAAGUUCCAUUUAUGAGGCUGGAUAAGCUGUUGUUGAAGAGUUGAGU